GGUAUGGGUGUUUGCAGGCUGCUUCCAAUCAUGGCUCUAUUCCUCCUCACCAACUCUGUUUCUGCUGAUCCAGAUAUGCUUCAAGAUCUCUGUGUUGCUGAUCUCAAAUCUGGCGUGAAAGUGAACGGAUACCCUUGCAAGUCAAACGUGACGGCGGAGGACUUCUUCUUCGCCGGAAUAGGGAAGCCCGGCGCCACCAACAACUCGAUGGGGGCGGUGGUCACCGGCGCCAACGUGCAGAAGAUCCCGGGGCUCAACACCCUCGGAGUCUCCCUGGCGCGUAUCGACUACGCGCCAGGGGGCCUGAAUCCCCCGCACACGCACCCACGCGCCACCGAAGUGGUGUUCGUGCUCGAGGGAGAGCUGGACGUUGGAUUCAUCACCACCGCAAACGUCCUCAUCUCAAAGACGAUCAAACAGGGCGAUGUGUUCGCCUUUCCCAAGGGACUCGUCCACUUCCAGAAGAACAAUGGGAAGAUCCCCGCCGCCGUCCUCUCCGCCUUCAACAGCCAGCUUCCCGGCACUCAGUCGAUCGCUGCCACGCUCUUUGCCGCAACGCCGCCGGUGCCUGACAAUGUCCUGACCAAGGCCUUCAUGGUUGGAACCAAGGAAGUGCAUAAGAUCAAAUCCAGAUUUGCUCCUAAAACCUGA